AUGGUUGAAAUAAUUGAACUCACGAAAGAGAACGUAAUCUUGCCCUCCUACCGAGGUCGUCUCACAGAAGGUUUCACUUAUGACGUGAGGAACAAUACGCUUCUUUGGGUUGACAUCAUUAGCGCUGAGGCACACAGAGUAUUUUUGGAUGACGAUGAUUUGGCGAAGAGACACCAGAUUUUGAAACUCAGCGAGCCUGGAGAGUCAAUCGGUGCCAUCUGCAAAACUAAGAGCGUCGAUAGCUUUCUCCUUUGCACGAAGUCUGGAGUUUCCGUCGGAAACUUCCUGACUGGCACCAUCAAGCCGUAUGUCACGUAUCCUUUCAGCGACACACAGCGUCACCGCUUGAGAUCUAACGAUGCCAACAUUGACCCUUUGGGCAACUUGUGGGUCGGCGUGAUGACCGAUUUCCCCAGAACCAAGGAAGACGGACUCAAGUUCGAGGGUUUGUUGUACAGAAUUGACCACAAGACCAAAGAAGUGAAAGUCAUGCUUAGAGACACAGGCAUCUCCAAUGGAUUGGCGUUCAGCAGAGACGUCAAGAAGCUUUACUGGACGGACUCCCCUACCCAUCAGGUUUAUUCGUUAGACAUUGAUAACGAGAACUUGACAGUCAGCAACAAGCAGCCUAUCAUUGAUUUCCGUAAGGCAUUCGAAGCUAACAAGGAGGCCAAGGAUGCAGCUCUCCUGGGUAGCGAUCCCAUCCCAGAUGGAUUAGACUUUACGGGAGAUGAUCGUAUCUACCAGGCUCUUUUUGGCACAUCCACAGCCAUUGCAUACGACUUGACUGGCAAGGUCGAGAAGGUGUUCAAAUUGCCAGCAGAACAGGUGACUUGUGUGCUUGUAGCUGGUAAAGACGGGGAUGAAGUCUUCAUCAACACCGCUCAUCUUGAACACGAAGAGCUUGAUGCGACCAUAAAGGUUGCAGAGCCAGAGGAAAAGGACAUUGGAGGUCACCUAUUCAGAUACAAGGCCAAGAGCAGCUUGAAUGCUCGUUACCAAGAUAUCUGGCAGGGCGAGGUUGAGUAA